UUCUUUUCUUUUCUAUCCUAAACUCCCAAGCCAAGAGUAAAGCUCGAAGCUGGAGUUGAGCAGGUGACCGAAGAGGCCUUUGGGGUUUUGUCGUCACUCGUCAUCUUGAGACUGAAAAAAGCUUUUGAAAGAGAACCCGCAAUCCCAAAGUGAUUUCCAAUCCUAGGGUUUUUUUUUUAUGUUUUUUUAAAUUCACUCUCGGAAGUCGGAAAUCGGAAUAACUCAGGCAUCUAAUUGUCAGAGCGGCAUUCACUCAGAUCUCUGGCUUGGUAUCCCUCCUCAACCAUCGGUUUGCUGCCUGCCCAGGGAACUACACAUCAAAAAUGACUCAAGACGUUGAGAUGAAAGAGCAACCAGCCACCUCAAAUUCUGUCGCCUUGACUGCCCCAUCCACUCUGCAGCACUUGAAAGAGAUAGCAUCACUUAUUGAGACGGGUGCAUAUGCCCGGGAGGUCCGGAGAAUAGUUAGGGCAGUUCGGCUAACUAUAGCUUUGAGGAAGAAGUUAAAGGCGUCUGUGAUUUCUGCAUUCUUAACUCAUACCCUUACACCUGGAUCAGAGGUGCAUUCACGGUUGUCCUCGUACAUUCCCAAGGAUGAUGAACAUGAAAUGGAAGUUGAUACUGCAACAUCUGCAACCCAAGCCCCUACAAAGCAUUCUCUGCCAGAGCUUGAGAUUUAUUCUUGCUUGCUUGUCCUCAUAUUUCUCAUUGAUCAAAAAAGAUACAAUGAGGCUAAAGCAUGUGCCUCAGCAGGCAUUGGACGCUUAAAGAACUUCAAUAAGCGAACUCUUGACGUUCUAACAUCCAGGCUUUAUUUCUAUUACUCUUUGAGCUAUGAACUUACUGGUGAUCUUGCUGAAAUUCGUGGAAACCUGCUUGCUCUGCAUCGGAUUGCAACACUUCGCCGUGAUGAGCUGGGUCAGGAAACACUUCUCAAUCUGUUGCUUCGAAAUUACCUCCAUUAUAAUUUAUAUGACCAAGCAGAGAAGCUGAGAUCCAAGGCACCCCGUUUUGAAGCUCAUUCAAAUCAGCAGUUUUGUCGCUACCUCUUUUACCUUGGAAAGAUCAGGACAAUUCAAUUGGAAUAUACUGAUGCUAAAGAAUCCCUUCUGCAAGCUGCAAGGAAAGCCCCUGUUGCGGCUCUCGGUUUCCGAGUUCAAUGCACUAAAUGGGCUGUGAUAGUACGUUUACUGCUUGGAGAGAUCCCUGAGAGGACUGUUUUUAUGCAAAAAGGAAUGGAGAAAGCUUUGAGACCAUACUUUGAGCUUACAAAUGCUGUCCGAAUUGGAGAUCUGGAGUUGUUUAGGACAGUUGCUGAGAAGUUCUCAAGCACUUUCAGCUCAGACCGAACCAACAACUUGAUUGUGAGAUUGCGGCAUAAUGUCAUUAGGACAGGGCUACGUAACAUUAGUAUCUCAUAUUCCAGGAUUUCACUGGCUGAUGUUGCUAAAAAGCUGCGGUUGGAUUCAGCAAACCCUGUUGCUGAUGCUGAGAGCAUUGUGGCUAAAGCAAUUCGGGAUGGGGCCAUUGAUGCUACACUGGAUCAUGCUAAUGGAUGGAUGGUGUCCAAGGAGACUGGGGACAUUUACUCUACUAAUGAGCCUCAAAUUGCUUUUAAUUCAAGAAUUGCUUUCUGUCUUAAUAUGCAUAACGAGGCGGUUCGUGCCCUCCGAUUUCCACCAAAUUCACACAAGGAAAAAGAAUGUGCUGAGAAGAGGAGAGAAAGACAACAGCAAGAGCAAGAGCUCGCUAAGCACAUAGCCGAAGAGGAUGAUGACGAGUUCUAAUGGAAGGCCCGUGAUAGGCAAUCUCGGGACCAUGCAAGAUGAUUUCCCUGUCGGAACUGCUCCUUUUUCCUUGAAACUCAACUGCUACUGCUUGUACUACUUGUUUUGAAUAGCUUUUGCCAUUCUUUUACGUCGGGACGUGAGAUUUUUCUUUUAGUUUCAGUUAUUGUUGUUUCAUCAUUUAACUUACAUUGCAUAAACCUGUUAAUUAAUCUCCUCAGGGUAUUCGUACUUACCCCAGCUAACCAUUGAUUUUGGCUCA